UGGCCGGGUUCCCACUACGCCGGACCGGCAGAUCUGCCGAAAACCGGACACCGGACAGAGUGUUCACAUUACAUCGGAUCCCGGAAGAAAUUCAGACAGUCCUCAGUUGAAUUUGGACCUGCGCGCACAAUGGACGACGAAAUUGUUGUGUUGUGGUGGUAUCUUAAUAGAAGGCAAAAUAAAAGAAAACAUUGGGUACACCCUAUUUUACGGGAAAGAUUUUCACUUGGAACAUUUGAAACAUUAAUGGGUGAACUUAGAAGAGACGAAUCAAAGUUCUUCAAUUAUUUUCGAAUGACAGCAACCACUUUUGACGAUUUACUGGGACGACUAGACAUAAGAGUACGAGAUACAAGUUUCAGAGAAUGUAUUUGCCCAGAACAAAGAUUAGCCAUAUGUCUAAGAUAUUUAGCUUCAGGAUGUUCAUUCAAAGAAAUACAUUACUCAUACAGAGUAGGCGUUUCGACAAUAAGUAAACUAAUAAAAGAAAUGACCCACGUCAUUUGGGAAAACCUAAAGACAGAUUUCCUUAAGCUGCCUGAUACUGAGAGAGAAUGGGAGGACAUCGCUUCAGGAUUCGAAAGAAAAGCCAACUUUCCUCACUGUCUUGGAGCAGUAGAUGGCAAACAUAUCAGAAUUUUGAAACCAGCCAAGAGUGGUUCUAUGUUCUUUAAUUACAAGGAGUAUUAUUCUUUUGUAUUAAUGGCAGUUGUCGAUUCAGAGUACCGAUUUAUUUUUAUUAGUGUGGGCUCAUUUGGCAAGGAAUGCGAUUCUAGUAUAUUAAAGGAUAGUACAUUUUGGCAAAAGAUCAAUGAUGGUACUUUAAAUGUACCAAAGCCUAGACCGCUUCAUGAAAACUUGCACGAAGAAUUACCGUUUAUACUUGUUGGCGAUGAAGGCUUUGCUUUAACACCUAAUCUCCUACGUCCAUAUGGAGGUACACAUUUGAAUACUGAUAAAAAGAUUUUUAACUAUAGACUAAGUCGAGCAAGAAGGUAUGUUGAGUGCGCUUUUGGUAUUCUGGCAAAUAAGUGGCGAAUAAUCCAUCGAGCUAUAGAUCUCAACGUAGACACAGCAAUUCAAGUAAUUAAAGCUUGUGCAGUCUUACAUAAUUUUGUAAGAGAAAAAGAUGGUAUAAAUUUUGAAAGUUACCAAAAUAUAGAACAUAGACAAGAACAAGAAACUACACCCAUGAAUCGAAAUGUGUCGAGUUGAGGUGGCCCUAAUGCCAACGCUAUACGGACAUUAUUUACUAAUUAUUUUGUUUCAGAUAUUGGUUCCGUUCCGUGGCAGGCAGCAGCUAUAAAAUAAAAUUUAUCAAUGCAUUUACAUUUUAUCAAUAAAACAUUAAAAACUCA